GUUGAUUGUUUCGUUCAGUACAAUGACAACACUUGCUCUCCCUACAACAUGCAAGAGCAUCUCUCUUGUAUUGACUAUCCUGGCACUGACAUGUUUGAUGUUAUCCAGUACUUCCAUUGUAAACGCCCAAGCUGUGGGUUUUGAAAGUGAAGUUGGUGCCUGUGAAUUCGAAGGUGCCACAAUUGCCAAUUAUAAAGCUAGUUACACAAAGGCAAACGGUCAAAGAGUUGAAUUUUCAAAGGGAAACAUGCUUGAUGUUCCACCACCAUAUCCAGGCAUGGACAUGGAAAAUCCAAAACUCCAUCCAACCUAUGAAUUUGUGAGAUUUCCAAUUGUUGAAUUUGUUUCUGAUCCAGUUCGUUUUGCCGAUAAUGGAAAUGAAAUUUGUAAAAUGCAAAGCAAAUUCAAGGAAUAUCUUGAUAUGAUUUCCACAAAUCAACCAAAUAAGAUGGUACAUCCAUAUUACAAAGCUUUUGGAGUUAAACUAAAGGUUAAACAAGGAGCACAAAAUGCAAAUCAACCACCACCAGCUUUCACUCGUGUUGGACCAAAUCUUCAGGCAACCUUUUCAUUCCCACUUGAUAAGGCAUGGCCUUCAAUUAAGGCAAUUGUUUCCUUCUUAAACACAAAAUCACAAGCAGCUCAAGGAUAUAAAUUUGGUAAUAGAGACUCUGCUGCAUCAAUGGAUAAUUUGGUUAAAUUUAUUGAUCAACAGGAUAAUGUAUUACGUGGUCUUUCAGGUCGUUCCAAAUUCGUCAUGUUUUUCCUAUUGAACUAUUUCAUUUCUGGUAAGAGAGAAAAUUGUGAAAUGGGUGCUUUUGCCAAGACAAUUACUGGACCAGUUCUCUUGAGAACUCAAAUUGUUCAACUCUUAAAGGAUGGUGGACAAGGUUCUUCUCAAGUUGAGUUGGGUAAAAUUGAAAACCCAGUCAAUUUAGUUAUUAACGCAUAUAAGAGAUAUCUUGCUGCAACUAUUGGACCACAAGCAACAGUUUGUACCAAACAAAAUGAUCAAGAUGUUUACUUUACCCGUACAUAUGAUAAUGGAACUCCAUUCCCAUUCUCUGCCACUAACUAUUUGAUUAAUUUAUUUGACAACAAUAAUCCAAGAGAUUUAUUUGAAGUCAAUGCUGAUACUUUUGACAAUUCAUUUGGUAGAUUCCCAUUGACUGUUGGUGGUCAAAGACUUGUAAUCUUUGAAUUGAGAACUUUGGCACAAUUUUAUUAUGAUUCUAGUGAUGCAGAGUUAUUGAAACAAUUCGCUACCAUUCUCCCAACACUCUUUAAUCUUGGUCGUUCCAUUAACCGUGCUCAAGCUCCAAACGCAGUUGAUUAUAACCUCAAGAUGUGUUCUUCUAAUGGCAUGCUUGUUGCUUAUGAUGGAAAUGCAGUAGCCGGACCAAUGACUGCACAAGGUGAACAACAAAAAGUGACAGCUGCAAGAAAUCAAAGAAGAGAUUUGGAGCAACACAUUGUAGCUCAAAGACACAACAGAAGAAAUUCUGAAUCUCAAUCAUCCAGUGGUGGAUCAAGCGGUGGUGGAUCAAGUGGUGGUGGAUCCAGUGUUGUAUCUAGUGGUGGAUCAAGUGGUGGAAGUGGAGGUAGCAGUACUAAAACACUUGCUAUCCAUCGUGCUAGAGCAUUGAUUGAUGAUGAUGCUAAAGUACUUGACAAUACACCUGCAGAUAACAUUAGCUUAUUGAGAGAGGAAAGAAGAAUCGUAAGAGUUCAAAAGAGAAUUGAUAGAGAGAAUAGAAGACAGAAGGAAGUUAAAAGCCAUUCUUCUCAAGCUCCAACUGAAAAGCAAGUUAGAAGAGAAGCAUUGAGAUUGGCACGUGAAAAGAAGAGAUUGGCUCGUGAGGAAGAACGUGACAUUGCUGAAGGUGUUAAACCUGUCACUCAACAAGAUUUGAAGCAAUUUGUUCAACAAGAAGAAGCAAAGAAGAGUCAAAAAGCAAAGAGCCAACAUGCUUCAAUCAAGCAUAAUGUUGUCAAGAAUUACAAUGGUGGAGGCACAUCUGUUCAAAUUAAGCUCAGACUCUAUUAAUCAAGUGUUAAUGUUAAUUAAACCAAUAAAAGCUACUUGAACAUACUAAU